GUCAACCGCCGGAUUUGAAUCGCGGCACCGCUCGGCGGCGGCGGAAUGGGCGCGCCGUCGUUGCCCCCGGCCUGGCAGCUCUACCUCAAGGACCACCGCGUCUCCACAUUUAAGAACUGGCCUUUCUUGGAGGGCUGCGCCUGCACCCCGGAGCGGAUGGCCGCGGCUGGCUUCAUCCACUGUCCCACUGAGAACGAGCCCGACUUGGCUCAGUGUUUCUUUUGCUUCAAGGAGUUGGAAGGCUGGGAGCCAGAUGACGACCCUGUAGAAGAACAUAAAAAGCAUUCAUCUGGUUGUGCUUUCCUUUCUGUCAAGAAGCAGUUUGAAGAAUUAACGCUCAGCGAGUUUUUGAAACUGGAUAAAGAAAGAGCCAAGAACAAAAUUGCAAAGGAAACCAACAAUAAGCAGAAAGAGUUUGAAGAAACUGCAAAGAAAGUCCGCUGUGCCAUAGAGCAGCUGGCUGCCUCGCAGUGACGCCUCCCCCACUGUCACUGCCCCACAGCCAUGCAGACACCGCAUUUCCAAGCCCUCAGUGUUACCAGCUUUUGUCUGGAGCCUCUUAAUUGUGCCUUAGGAGAAAGGAGAACAUCAGCAUUUUGAAAUUAGAAUGUUUAAACUGUGCUUUUGUUUUUUUUCUUGAAGGUGGUGGCAGGGGCUAUUUCUGUUGUACAGCUGGUGCUAAGUACAGUGACUGAUUCUCUUUUCUCUUUGGUAGUUUUUGCUUUAUUGAUUCCUGGACUUAGCAGGGUGAGGGGAGAAGUUUGUCCACGUAGGUAGAGCCCUUUUAAACCUACGUGUCUGGGCUUCACACUGACGACUGGCUGUCCAGUGGAGAUGUGAUGCGCGAGUGCAAUCAUAGGUCUGUUGUGACUGGACAAACAGGAUUAAGAAUGCCAUUUUAAAUUUCACUUGCAUCAUAAUCUACAUUCACGGUGUGCACUUCUCAUGUGCCAGGUGCUCGGUAUUAUCUCAUGUUCACAUCUACAGGUCCUGUGACCAUCCCUUUCACCCCAUCAGGUCUGUGGUGUCUCAGCAGCUCCCUUCCUCCCAGGCGGAUUGUACAGACCCAUCGCUGCCACGCCUCUGAAAGUGCCUUGUGUGUUAGGGGUUCCUCGCCAUCCCAUCUUGUGAUUUUCAGGUUUACAGGGGUAGUAUGGGAUUAGACCUUAGGCUUUGCCUCCAGACUUGAUCUGUGUAAGAGCCCUUUCCAUGACUGUAUCAAGAGCGACUGUGCGGGUGGAGGGGAUGCAGGACUGGUGUCUUGAGAGCAGAGCUGGCCUCUUGCUUUGGGAUCAACUGAAGAUACUUUUUCACCUCCAGUGGCACAUGGCAAAGUUGCAACAUUUCUCUACAGUAGACGAGGGGAAGGUCCUUCAUGCCAGACAAGGAACUUUCCAGAAGCGUAGCUCACUGCUUCGUCCUCUCUAGUGAACAGGGCACACAGUCAGAGUGGAUUCUUCCUGGGGAGUCCUGCUCUGGACCAGCUGUCAUCCAUGGAUGGGGCAGGCAGGGGUGGGAUGAAAAGUCCAAGGAAGGAGUUCUUGUUCUUGAUAUUUCUAAUACUCUUCAGAUAGCUGCUUCCCCCCAGUGACGUGGAUUGGGCAGCUGAUCAUCCCCCUGUCUUUCUAAUGUGAAUCUUCCUAAAGGAAUAAAUUAAUUUAAAAAGUGGAUUGGAAAACGUCUUUGGGGGAACCUUUUUUUAAAAAGAUGACUUAUGUUGUUUGCAGUCUUACAAGAUCACAAAUUUAGUGAUAUUUGACUUUCAGCCCCAGCACGGACUAAGCACAGAGUUGGAGCAGGCAUAAUAAAAGGCAUGUGGGGCACCCUCUCCGGGCCCUAACUGUGCCCUCUAACAGGGUGCUUGCCUUGUGGGCUUGGGCCCAGCGCCUGUUGAACUGGAGCUGCAGUUUCCUCACCAGUAGCGCAGAGAUCACAGACCCUUGCUGCCUUGGCUGGCUUGCUUUAUUAUAGCAACAUGGUUUUCAUGUGAGGAGGAGAGGAAUUGAGACAGAGCCCUCAACCCCUCCUAAGAUUCUGCAAUGUUGUUUUCUUUUUUGUUUGAAUUAUAAUUUCACAGAACAGGACAAACUACAAUUAAAAGUGAGCACAAAGCUUUUCUCAGUCAUCGGGGACACCAGUGUAAACUUUAAGUGGAUUUGGACAGGUAGCAGGAAAUAUCUAGCAGAAACUUGUUUAUGAAAUUGCUAAUUGCUGCACGAUUAGCCAGCCCUAGUGAGGCUGCUCCUCCCUGAGAACAGUGCAGUGGCCUGGAUCCCUUCUAAAUGACUUGGCUCAGAGCCGUGGGGACUGCCGCAGGCGACCUGUCAGCCCUGAUUGGUUGUGUCUCCAUUGCUCCACAUCUGUGCCAUGUUCUCCCCAUCAUCGCCUCUGCACGAGUACCCUGCUCUCCUCCCCGAGACCGGCUCAUGUGGGGCUGAGGCCUGAUGUAAAGAUGAUAGAUUUGAUUUCACCCUCCUUCAUGAAGUGAAGCUGCAGGGUGGAUCCUUACUGUCCUAUUGGAAACCUCUGGGGAUCAUCUUGGUAG